GCGCACACCGCAGUGUCCGUCGAUAUAAAACCCACUCGCUGCACCUCCAAUCUGGCCAAAUUGUGCAGGUGACAAUGAAGAAGUUUCCACCUGGCCUCCACCAGAAACUGCACACCAUGUCGCAUCCGCGGAUACUUUUCCGAAGCAGCUUGACUCAGAUAUCACGGCCAUCUCUACGAUACAAGUGUUAUGAAGCUACGGCUCUUCAGUUUCAAUCAAGUCUUCAUCAUCGCCGCGCCUUCUCAACUACAAAGUCUAUGGCCACCACUCAAGAGCAGAAAGACUGGUCUGCAAACCAAUAUCUCAAGUUCAACAAUGAGCGCACUCGCCCCGUCUACGACUUGCUAUCGCAAGUCAUCCCACACCUAUCCUCAUUCCCCAAUCCCCGCAUCUACGACCUAGGCUGCGGCCCCGGAAACUCUACCAAAGUCAUCCUCGACGCUUUCCCCACCGCCCGCAUCACCGGCAUGGAUAGUUCGGCCGACAUGCUAAAGAAAGCCAGUGCCUCCCUUCCAAGCGUCGAGUUUGUAACAGGAGACCUAGCCACCUUCAAAGUCGACCAAAAAGCCAAUCUGCUGUUCAGCAACGCCGUGUUCCACUGGCUGAGGCACAGCAACAGGAUCCCCACGCUGGUGACACUAUUCCAGGGUCUGAGCACAGGAGGCGUGGUAGCAAUACAGGUUCCUGAUAACUACAAUGAGCCUUCCCACGCGCUUAUGCGCGUUACUGCUUCCCUUCCCGACAAGCCCUGGGCACCAUUCUUCAAGGACACGAAGAUUGGAGAUUUGGCAGAUGAGGAGCGACCAGAUCUGGAUCCGAUCCAACCGCCAACUGAAUUUUACAACGCGCUGAUUCCGCACGCCGGGGGUGUUAAUGUGUGGCGAACGAUGUAUCAUCAUGUACUCAAAGAUGCGAGGGCGAUUGUGGAGUGGGUGAAAGGGACGGGAUUACAGCCGUACCUGAACAGGAUUGAAGACGAAGCAACGAAGCAGGCCUUCUUGGGAGAGUACGAGAGGAGGCUGGAGGAAGCGUAUCCAAAGAUGGCUGAUGGGAAUGUUCUCUUGGUGUAUCCAAGGUUGUUCAUCGUUGCUGUGAGAAAGUGAAGGAGUCUAAGAAAAACCACAACUAUAGCUUCAGGCAAAUCAGUCAAUGUUAAUAAGCCUCACAUGUGAUUAUAGGGAAGUCCAUAACUAUUUCUAGCACAGCUUUCUACACA